AUGGACGUUGAAGUUCAUCCCGUGGGCGCCCUGACUGCCGUUGUCGGACCAACCACCCUAUCCCGUCUGCAGGCAGCAGUUGCCAGUAAUCUAACGGCGCAAGACGUCAUCUCCAGGCUGAAGUCGUCAAUGCCUAUAGAAGGAGUCGAGCACCUGAAGGAGACCUCUGCAACAACUAUCAUUUAUAAACUACGUCAGACCUUUGCAAGGCAUGGAAUACCACUAGAAGUUUGCAGUGAUGGCAGCCCGCAGUUUGCGUCAAAAGAGUUUAAAGAUUUUGGGGCUCGUUAUGACUUUGUGCAUACGAUUUCAAGUACACGUUUUCCCAGGUCCAAUGUACUCGCCGAGAAGGGCGUACAAGCGGUCAAGCGGCUUCUAGGCCAGACCAAGACCAAAAAAGACGACUUCUAUUUGGGCCUUCUCAACUACAGGGCGGACCACUCUGACGACGCCCCCGAUUCAUCUCCGAGCGCAGUCACACAGCAGCGGCAAGAACCUCCACAGGCCACACAGGACCGACCACCAGCAGGCGUGCCCAACAUUGCAGAUUCACUGCGACGAUCUACCAGACCGCGAAGACCCCCAGACCGCCUGGCCUACACGCACGGGUUCCAGCUGACUGAAACAACCUAG